AUGGAUUCCAUCAACCGCUUCAUCUGGGGCCCCACACCCGAGCAGCGGGUGCGGGAAUGGCAGGCAAAGCUGCGUGCGGAGAGUCGUAAGCUCGACAGGGAGAUGCACCAGCUCGAUGUCCGCGCAAAGGACGCGAAGAAGACGGUCAAGCAGCUCGCGACGAAGGGCGACGUCAAGUCCGCGCGCAUCCUCGCGCGCGAGGUCGUGCGCGUCGAUCGGCAGAAGGACAGGAUGUCCGUGAGCAAGGCGCGCCUGGGGUCCAUUAACUAUCAGUUGCAGCAGCAAUUGGCUAUGGCCAAGGUCACCGGCGCGCUACAGAAGUCCACCGAGAUCAUGAAGCUGUCGAACUCGCUCAUCCGGCUACCGCAAAUAUCGCAGACGAUGCGGGAAAUGAGCAUGGAAAUGAUGAAGGCCGGCAUCCUCGAAGAAAUGACCGAAGACAUGCUCGACAUGGACGCCGACGACGAGGAGCUCGAAGAGGAAGCCGACGCUGAGGUCGAUCAGGUGCUGUUCGCGCUCACAGACGGCAAGCUCGGGCAGGCGGGGAGUGUCAGCACGGAGGUGCCGGUGACAGAACAAGCCACCGACCCGGCCGAGGACGAGCGUAUAUUGGAGCGCUAUCGGCAGGAGCUUGCGAGUGUGUUGAGUUGA